AUGUUGUAUCCGCGCGAGGACAAGGAAAACAAGAGACUGCUGUAUCAGUGUCGAAAUUGCCCGUAUUCUGAGCUUGCGGAUAACGCCAGAGUCUACAGACACGAGCUGAUCACCAACAUCGGAGAAACCGCAGGCGUGGUCGAGGACAUUGGGUCCGACCCGACGCUGCCCCGCUCGGACAAAACGUGUCCCAAAUGCCACAACUCUGAGUGCGUCUUUUUCCAGUCCCAGCAGAAAAGAGCAGACACGAGCAUGCCUCGUGGCACCGCGCUACCGCCGAUUUAG